AUGGCGAAGCAUCUGGCGAGGUACGACAAUGCGGAGGUUUUGCUUGAUCAUGAGGUUGUGAGUAUCGGGCAGGAUGAGAAGGAAGCAUGGCUCGAUGUACAGACUCCAGAUGGUGAGAAGCAAAUAUCUGCGACUUACAUCAUCGGUUACGAUGGCGGGGGCUCCAAGAUCCGGAAAGAACUUCUAGGCUGUGAUUCUUUCCCUGGCAUGACAUGGUCGAACCAGAUCGUGGCCACCAAUGUCUACUAUCCUCGUUUCCGAAAGAGUUUCUGGGUCAAGACAAUCGGAUGA